AUGGGGAGUUCCAAUAAGCCUGGAUUUGGAGGGGAAGGGUUCCUGGAUUUACCCCAGCAACCCAACAUCGAAGUCGGGGACUUUGUCGAUUUCCAUCAAGGCGAGACCGUCUCGGACCACCCGAACAAGACUGGUGACUCAGCCAAAGAACAAGAAGCAACAGAUUCAAGUCAAAAUCCUGGCAUGAUACUGGUCGCAAAGAUUUGCGAUGCAUUGAUAAAAGUGGGCUACGACGUAACCAACGUACGCAAAGUAGCCAAGCUGGUUACGGACAAUAUGAUGACAGCCUCAUCAACCCAGGUUCGCCCCGUGGACGAUCCAAGCCUCGUCGAGAACAGUGACAGUCUCAAGAGUGAGCUACUAGACGAACCUGCGCGAGCAGUUGGCUUGCUUCUGCAGGGACUAUUGGACAGAAAGACUUCUCGUUCUCGCUCUCGCACGGUGCAAAUGAACUCCAACGAACCGGUCGUGUUGAUCAAUCAGUCAAGCCGAUUAGAUCGAAAUACGUUCAGUCGUGUGGUCGACGAGACAGUCAGUCAGUUGCAGCAUCAAUGGAACGUCUGGCCCGUUCGCGUGUAUGGCGGCGCGCUUGUUGAAAUGGAGGCUGACGAUGAUGGGUACUGCAUUACAUUGCUGAAUGUGGUGAAUACGGACAUUGGCGGUCCGAGUAUGGUGCAGUUGCUUGAUGAGCCGUGUGAUGCUCCUGAAUGGUGUUCUUUCACCAGAAGGGAGGCUUGGAGGGAAAGGGACUUGCUGUAUCGUGACCAAGGAGAGCCUGCAAGCGCAGUCUCCGAGGGAAACGUUGAGGAGGACGUUGACGUUUUGAAUCGGCCAUCUGCAAGCCUUGAUGAUGCGUCGGUGGGUGAAGAGCCUGCAACAGCGCAUCGGCACGAUGCAACAUCUGCUUCUCCUCAAAGGCAAGCUGGAGUUGAUGAUGUCGAUAGCUCUGUCGCGCCAGUCGAAAUUCUAGAUCGCGAGAUUUCAGUCUCGGCCGACAAUGCCUCGGAGGCGCGUGAAUCGCCGCAACAGGAGAGUCCCGACCUUCACGAGGUGAAAACGCCAGACAAAAAUGUCCACCAUCCCACUUGGGAUCGUCAUGACGAUAGCAUCUCCUUGGUUGACUUGAUCAAGGCCCAGGCUUCGACGUUAUCACCCUCGACCAAGGCCGAUAGCACAUCGCAAGGAGAGCCUGAGCCGGUCAGCGAGGGCUGCCUCGCAAAAAGCGACAGCCUUGUCGAGGACGAAUUUGUUGUCGUGUGA